GACUGAAUCAACGCUCAACCUUCUUGAUAUUGUGUUCCAUCCUGGAGUGAAGUCACGGGACGGAUGUUUGGUGUGGAUUUGAUCAGCUGUCACCGACAGAUGAAGACAGACGUUUAAGAGAACAACAAUUAGAUAUGGAAGAGAACCACCAGAACAUCGAGAGAUUUAUUCAGGAGCUUCGGGAGGUCGUCAAGCUCAAGGACAAAGCCAGUGAGGAGCAGAAUGAAGACAUCGUGAGGAUUUUGGAUUCACUGGUUGAUGCCAGCAAGAACUCCAUUGAUAAUAAUUUCGAGUUUGAGAUUAAAGACAUGUUUCUGAAGCUCCUGACCCACGAAUCCAAGGCCAUAAUAGCCAAGAGUGCAAAAGCAAUAGCAGAAAUUGCAAAGACUGAGAGUGGAAGACUAAAAUGUACCAAUGGAGAUUUAGCCAGGACUCUCAUGGAUUUACUGAAAGGAGAUGAUGUUAAUGUUCUUACCCAAACAUCGAGGGCUCUUGGGAACAUAUGUUAUGAGAAUGAACAGGGGAAAAAAUUGGUGCAAGAGAACGAUGGUCUGCGGUAUAUCAUACGAGUUCUCCAACGUGGAGUGAAACUCGAGGACAAGGAGAGGGCGGCGUUGUUGAGGAAUGUGGGUGCUGGCUUUCUCCUGAACUACCUGGACGACCAGGAAUCCCUCCAGAAGACAAUCUUGGAGUAUGAUCUCGUUCCAACGAUCUGUGAUGUCCUAGAAAUCGAUGGGAAGACGGCGGGAGAGGCUGCGAUGCACGCCAUGUUUGCCCUGGAGGUAUUGAAUGACUCGAGUAUUCAAUUCUUGGACGAGAGACUGACGAAGGUGUUAGUAGAGAUACUCGCCGGGGAUUCGUCUUCGGACUUGUCACACAUGUGCCUGGAAUUGCUUCACGGACAGGCGGACAGUGAAAAUGCCAAAAUGCUACUAGCAAAAUCAGGUGUCUGCCAACUUCUCCUGAGCCUCCUCGAGAAGCACGUCUCGCGAUGCAUCGACGAGGAGACCCGAGAAGUAUUGAAAACUGCCUGCAAUUUAAUCGUUUUGAUAAUCACCGGAGACGAGAGUAUGAACUAUCUCUACGACAACAGCAACGGUGAAGUCUACAAGAAACUAGUCUCAUGGCUGGAGGAGGAUUGUGAUGAAGAUCUUCAAGUAGCUGCUGUCCUGGCGAUGGGCAACUUUGCCAGGACCGAUGCUCAUUGUGAGUCAAUGGUGGUCCAGGGUAUCCACAAACAACUGAUGAAGUUGCUGAAGAAUAACAACAGCAGUGAUGGAGAUAUUAGAUUUCAACAUGCAUUGCUCUCUGCAGUUAGAAAUCUAGUCAUUCCUUACAAUAAUAAGCCAGUUAUGUUGAGAGAUGGACUCAUUGAUGUUGUCUAUCCCAUGCUAGAGAUUUCCACGAUUCCUGUGAUAUUCAAGCUGUUGGGAACACUGAGAAUAGUCAUCGAUGGACAGGAAGAGGCUGCCACUCUUCUAGGGAAAAAAGAAGACCUGGUGAAGGAGACCAUCGAGUGGUGCGGCACUGAAGAAGCAUCUCUAGUUCACGGAGAAGCUAAUCGUCUCAUCGCUUGGCUGGUAACCAACAGUAGAAACAAGGAUGUGAUUUUAUUGUUGAUAAAACACGGUGCUAUCCAGUACCUGUCCAAGAUGGUCAUCGCCCCUCAUGCUCUCAUGCAGAAUGAAGCUCUUUUGAGCCUGACCAUCAUGACCGCGAUGGCCCUCGAGGAAUGCCAAUUAGAAUUAAUUAAAUUUGGGAUCCAAGACAUCAUGAUUAAAUUUUUUAGAGAAAGUGUUGCCAAUUUACAGCCACCAAUAGUGGAAAAUGCGAUUACAUUCAUAAAUACUAUGACAAAGUCAGAUGCUCUAAAGAACUACCUGAAGGAUUCAAACCUUCCUGAAGCCCUAGAGGAUUUCCUGAACUCAGAAAUAAACAUGCCAACUCAAAAAUCCAAAGUGAAACUGCUGCUCGACACUUUGAAUGUAUAAGAUCUGCGUGGUCAGUAUAUUUUUUUUAACUCUAUCAAUUUCACUAUUAGCGAGCGUCCGAAUGGAAGCGAUUCCCACUUUCAAAGUAAUAAAUUAAUUCGUUAAUAUGACCGAUCCAUCAAACAUUUCAUAAUAUAAAAAAAUUGAAUGAAAACAAAAUCCGACACCUUGAGUUGUGUCUCUGCUCGAACCACGACAUUCCACUAUAUAAUAUAUAAUAUACAAUAUAAAUCUGCCUGGAAGAUAAAUUUAUUUUGUAUGAUAUCAUCCCAAGGAAUGUUAUAACGUAAAGUAAAUUCAAGUAGAUCACGUAUUUUGUGAGAUAUUGAGAAAAACAGAUUUUUUAGAAAUUGUCGUAUCUCAAAAAUUACUUAACUGACUGAGCUGAACGUGUACGAAAAUACUCAAAAAUAAUCCGAAUUACGUGACAAAAUUUCCAAUUUUUAGUUUGACUUUUAGUCCUUUUGCUUUGUUUAUUGUAAUUUAUUUAAAAAAACCCGAAAAGUGAUCACACGCACGGGAACAUGCAUAGACUCAUUUUUUAAAAAACAUGUUCACGUUUUAUGACAUUUUAUAUCAUUUCUCAGUCACAUUCGAAGAUCGUAAAAAUCAUUUAUUACAAUAUUUCCAUUCGGGAGCAAAAAAAAAGAUGACUUUCUGCCUCUGGACAUGUGAAUCCAUUUCUACGAAGCAUGAAAACUAAUUCCAGAGAGGUAAAUUAUUACAGGGAAAGACGAGGAGACUAAUACAUGAAGUUAAAUUGUGCCAAUUCCAAAUGUAAAAUCAAAAUCGGACGAUUUUUAUUACGAAUGAAUGAACAAUUGUGAGUUUAGGUUAUCAGAAGUCAAAUGAAUACUGUAUUUUCUCGUUUAUAUAUACAGCCUAUUGUGGAGUGUAUUUUAUUUGAUAAAUAAAGGAUAUCUUAUUGAUGUAUAAAA